AUGACGAAACUGGCAUUCACGUUCAACGACCUUCCGGUCACGUGCGCACAGGUCAACGAAUGCUCGUAUUCCUCCUGGAGUCCGCACUUCGCCAGCCAUAUCCCGGAAGCCAGAAUCCUAAGUGACAUUCCAGACGCCUUUUUGGAGUACUUGAACAGCGACAGUAUACGGUUGCCGCCUGCUCGCUACGAUGACUAUGUAACUGCAAAUAGUGACAAUGAAUAUAGCGACUGGGAAGACGAUAUCCAGGAGUCGGGCGCAAGUACAGCACAGGCCGAAAAUCCAUGUGCUGGGUUUGCUGAUUUCGACAAGAAAAUACAAGAGGUUGUCGGGAAGUGGAGGCACGUGAUGCCCAAGCUCAAUUGGUCGGCUCCAAAAGACGCACGGUGGAUCUUGAUCAACAAUUCCCUCCAGUGCACGUCGAAUGCAGACAUCUAUCUUCUCCUAAAUGCGUCGGAUCACAUUGCACAUGACUUGGACGGCCAUAUAUACGACGACUGCGAGGACAAGGAUGGAGGCCCACGCAUCAAGCCGGAAAUAGUGCUCAAGAAAUGGAGCAGGGAUUGGAACCCUGCACUAGAGUUCCGUAUUUUCGUGAAAAACCGCCGGAUUCUCGGCGUUUCCCAGCGCGAUAUGAACCACUACCAGUUUCUCCAGGAGUUGCACCCAAAACUCGUCGACUUGCUCGAGAGGUUUCAGACACAGGUCAUUCGGAAGUCGGCUUUUCCACUCAAAGACUACAUCAUGGAUGUGUACGUGCCCGCCCCACACGAGAAGAUCAGCAUUGUGGAUAUCAAUCCGUUUGCUAGAAAGUGGGACAGUCUUCUCUUCACGUGGCACGAGCUUCUCGAAAAGGACAAUGACGGUGUUUUCGAGCUUCGGCUCAUCACAGAGACGAAUUUGGGGGCCAUGGCCCGAAAGGAGCACAGUGAAAACCAGGUGCCAAUUGAGGUCGUGGAUGCUCUGAUGAACACUGAGGCGAUGGUGGAGUUGGCGAAAACGUGGGGUAUCAAAGACGCAUAG